AUGACCUUUUCGACAAACCCUACCGUGGUAACUCGAUCAAGGCGGCAAACCAUUUUUAUUUUUGCUCUCUCCACGUCCUGGCUUUGCGUUGAAUCAGGGCUACAAGGUUCAAAUACUGUCAGGAAGGAUGUCCAUUUUGGAACUUUUUGCCGCCAGCCAGAAAUAAGCGCCGUUGGAGGCGCGCUUGCCAAGGGGUCAUGUGAUGAUCUCCUUGCGGUUCUUGGCCUUGGCCAGGAAUCUGGGGACUGGCGUAACUGGCCUGUUCGCACUCAACACCCUCAAAUUUCAAACCUUUCCCCAGGCAUCAGUCGGCAGGUAGACCGACAUCCCCGUCAAUAG